CGGUAUAUACAACCGCUAAGCCAGUGUUAAGUGCCGGCGGUGACAUGGCGACUGUCCCGAAAGAAAAAGCGGAGUCGGCGGACGAGUUGGAGGGCCUUCAGCUUCAGGCGAUCAUUGGCUUCAAUGGACAUGUUCCCUUUGGCCUCAUCUGCCAUCCAGAUCGAGAGCAUCUUAUCUAUCCAUUGGGUUGUACAGUAAUUAUCCAAAGCAUAAACACCCCGGGUCAAGAUUUUUUACAUGGUCACACCAACAAUGUCUCCUGUGUCACAGUUUCUCCAAGUGGAAAUUAUGUGGCUUCUGGUCAGAUCACAUUCAUGGGCUUUAAGGCUGAUAUCAUUUUAUGGGACUACAGCAAAAAGGAGAUGUUGUCUCGGCUGUCACUUCACAAAGGUAAAAUUGAACAUCUGGCAUUUUCUCCAAAUGACCUUUACCUGGUUUCACUGGGAGGCCAAGAUGAUGGGAGCGUUGUGGUAUGGAGUAUCCAAAAGAAAGAAGCCAUCUGUGGUAGUCCUGCUUCGGCUCGUAGUGCUGGGAACCCAACCACCCUGGUCUAUUCCAACUGCAAGGAUGAGAUGUUCAUCAGUGCGGGAAAUGGAACUAUUCGAGUAUGGGAACUGGAUUUACCCAACAGAAAAAUCCGACCAAUUGAGUGUCAAACAGGACAGCUGAAAAGAGUAAUUGCUUGUGCCAUGAUGGCAGAUGAUGACAGCUACUUCUAUGUUGGCACAUCCACGGGUGAUAUCCUCAAAAUCAAUACAAAAAGCACACUGAUGAGUAGUUUUGGCCCAGUAAAGGAUAAACACAGCUUGGGAGUCACAGCUUUGCUAUUGCUGAAAGUGGGUGACUUGGUCAUUGGCACUGGAGCUGGAAUCUUAGCUGUUUGCUCGGGAUCCAAGUACAAAAUAAUCAAAAAAGUUCAGUUAGAAGGUGCUAUCACUUCUAUCACACCACGAGGCCAGGGCCACCAAUUUUUUGUGGGCACAAAUGAGUCACAGAUUUACCGAUUCUCAUAUUCUGACUUUAAGGAUGAGCUCAUAGCCACUUGCCAUAAUGAGGCUAUCAAUGAUAUAAUUUUCCCAUAUGGUACAUCUGACUUGUUUGCCACAUGUUCCAAGAAUGAUAUUCGUGUAUGGUAUACACCUGAAAAUAAGGAGCUGCUGCGGAUUACGGUCCCCAACAUGACUUGUCACGCCAUAGAUUUCAUGAGGGAUGGCAAAAGCAUCAUUUCAGCUUGGAAUGAUGGAAAAAUCCGUGCCUUCACCCCGGAAACUGGGCGGUUGAUGUACGUGGUUGAGCAUGCUCAUAGUAUGGGUGUGACAGCUGUGGCUACCACAAGUGACUGCAAAAGAAUAAUCAGUGGAGGUGGUGAAGGUCAGGUGAGAGUAUGGGAAGUUGGGAAGGAAACACGCAAACUAGAAGAAGUAAUGAAGGAACACAUAUCUGCUAUUUCUUGCAUCAAGAUAAAGAAGAAUAAUCAGGAGUGUGUCACAGCCAGCACUGAUGGAACAUGCAUUAUCUGGGAUCUUGUCCACUUCAUGAGACGGCAGAUGAUAUUGGCCAAUACUUUAUUCAAAUGUGUAUGCUAUCACCCUGAUGAACAUCAGCUUAUCACAAGUGGCACAGAUAGGAAGAUUGGUUACUGGGAAGUAUUUGAUGGAUCCCCAAUCAGAGAAUUAGAGGGCUCCCUUUCUGGUUCUAUCAAUGGAAUGGAUAUUACAACAGAUGGAAUGUAUUUUGUGACUGGAGGUGAUGACCAUCUAGUAAAAGUGUGGGAUUAUAAUGAAGGUGAAGUGAUUUCUGUUGGGAUUGGUCACAGUGGCAGCAUAACCCGCCUGAAGAUCUGUCCUAACAAUAAAUUAAUUGUGAGUGUGAGUGCUGAUGGUGCUAUCCUUUGUUGGAAAUAUCCUUACAUUUGUAAUCCUUAAAAAUAUUUGCAACUUCUAUUGUUUUUUUUUAAAGUCACUUUUAAAUAAUUGUUGAACUUGAUACUGUUUUUUAAAAGGUUUGUUUCUUUUAAGAACUUCAUUAAUUUGUCUGUUCAGAAGUGAAUUAGUCUGAAAAAAAAACCUGUUUAUUAUUACCAUUGUUUUUAUUGGUUUCAAUUAUUUAAUUAUAUGGUAUUUUGGUAUAUUUGUAAUAUGUUUAUAAUGUAUGAUGUCUGAAAUGUCAGUUAAUGUAUAUUGUCAUACUCCCUCCUUCACAAUGAAUUAGAAGUUGCACAAAUCUAUUGUGAAAACAUCCUUAAAUCUCAUUUAUUAAAAAGGCAAAAGACUUGGAAUCAUAAAAGCUUUACAUUUGGAACAGGUUUGAAUAUAUAUUGAUUCAAUGAUGCAGUGCUUCAAUGAUUGUGAAUCCCAACUGUCUCUGUCCAGAGAGGAAUAUUUAAAAAUCCCUCUAGUGAGUUAGGUCUUCAGUUCCCCCAGUUAUAGUUCAGCCAGGGGUCUUUCACAGACCUAUAACCAGCCUCUUGCACACAUGCUUGUGUUGCAUUGUACAACUCUUUCUCCAGGCAAGUCUCUAUUCUGUAUUUUCCCUCAUCUCCAAUAAAUAGGAGUAAAGUAGCAGGAUGUACCUGUUCAAUUGUUAUUUCAUUCUCCCACUCAAAAUAUAAAAAAAAUACUGGAAAACAGUGCAAGAUGAGGUGCUGGAAACAAAUUCCAAUGUGCCCUUAUUUUGGAUGGGGGAAAAAUUCUUGACAUUUCCCCAGUCAAGUGCCAAAUACUCUGUCAUAGUUCCGAUAGAUGAGACCAGUAAAAGAACUUCAAGGCAAGAAUUCUUCCUUAAAGAAUAUUUUAUUUGGAAACAAAAUAUCGGCACUCACAUAGUUGAACCCAAAAAUGAGAUUCCCUUCCCCCAGGUACAAAGUAACAAGUUGAAAUUCCCAUCCCACAAUUGCUAUCAUAAAUCACAUUCCACAAUUAACACAAGACAGGGCUUUUCUCACCGGCCUCUCAGCCGCCAAAUCUUAUCAAAUCAUGUCCUUGAGUUCUCACACUUCUACAUUGUUAUGGCUAGCUAAACCCUCAAGCAUUCAUCUCAUCCCCCUUCUACAUCUGAACUCCAAAAGAAUAGAAAAAGCACGUUGGAAGCAAAAAUAAAAAUGGCUGCUGAUUCUCAGGUGUCAGAGUGACGACAUCCAUUGUCACAGCGUUGACAUACUCUCUAUGAGGGGGCUAACAUUUACCUGCAAAUAUGAUUUAAGCUUAACUAAUUCAAAGGUUUUGUCUUCAGUGGUAUAAUUAAGUAAGCAAAGCUCUGAAGGGUCUUACUAUUUUAUAUGGGGUGAAAGACUACGAACCUGUCAUUUUUAACAUAUACUACUUUGGCUGCUUGCUGUGCCAUUUCCAGUUACAAAGGAGCAUCUAUACGACAUUCAGUAGCAUGCUUCUGAAGAGUUCUCCUGGAUAAUCUAUUAUCUUCCACAUCACACCCAUUAACUGUCAUAGUGGGGGAGUUGCAAAUUAAUCGUUCUGAUCUGUGAAAGUAUAAGAAACAGCUUUUAUUUAAUUUCUUUAAAACAAAAGAUGUUCCUGAAAACUUUCUCUCGAUUCAGAAGGCAGUGUUUUAAAAUAAAUUUCUUAACAGA